CUGUGUUUGUUAAAUAAAAAAAAAAAAAAAAAAAGAAGCUACCUACCAAAAACAUAGAUCUGUCCUCUUUCUCUCAGUUUCCAUUGAAGCGCACUCAACCUUCUCCAUUGAGGCGAUUUCUAUCCUCUAUUGAAGCACCUUCAAAGUUUCUCCAUAAUAUUUUGACUCUUUUGGAAGUGGUGUGCGUACCUUCUUGGUGAUCAAAGAGAUCAGCCUGAUGGGUUCUCGGUUCCCAUCCCAUCAGCUCAGUAAUGGGCUUUAUGUGUCAGGACGCCCAGAACAACCUAAGGAAAGGCAACCUACCAUGAGCUCAGUGGCCAUGCCUUAUACUGGAGGUGAUAUCAAAAAGUCGGGGGAACUUGGGAAGAUGUUUGAUAUACAUGGGGAUGGGUCAAGGUCACGUAAAUCUGGACCUAUAAGCAAUGCCCCUACUAGGACUGGAUCAUUUGGAGGAGCUGCAUCUCACUCUGGCCCAAUUGUACAGAAUUCUGUGAACAGGGUUUCAUCCUCUAAUGUUGGAGGUUCUGGUUCAGCUUCCAUGAAAAAAUCCAAUUCUGGCCCACUCAACAAACACGGUGAACCAGUUAAAAAGUCUUCUGGACCUCAAGCUGGUGGAGGUGUUUCUCGGCAAAAUUCAGGCCCUCUUGCACCAAUUCUUCCUGCCACAGGAUUGAUAACUUCUGGACCUAUUUCAUCUGGCCCCUUGAACUCAUCUGGAGCUCCUCGAAAGGCAUCUGGUCCUCUGGAGUCCACUAGUUCUAUGAAACAUCAUGCUGCAUCAAUUGUACACAACCAGGCUGUGACAAAGCUCACUCAGGAGGAUGAGUACUCAUUCCAUAAGAGCUUCCCGAAGCUAAUUUUGUGGGCAAUGGGUCUUUUGUUUGUGAUGGGUUUUAUUGCUGGUGGUUUUAUUCUUGGAGCUGUGCACAAUCCAAUUCUUCUCAUUGUCGUGGUGGUGCUUUUUAGUGCUGUUGCUACUGUCUUCACCUGGAACACUUUCUGGGGAAGGAGAGCUAUCACAGGCUUUAUUGCUCAAUAUCCAGAUGCAGAGCUUCGAACAGCAAGAGAUGGUCAAUUUGUCAAAGUUUCUGGGGUGGUAACAUGUGGAAAUGUACCUCUUGAGUCAUCUUUCCAAAAGGUUCCACGGUGUGUCUACACAUCAACUAGCUUAUUUGAGUAUCGAGGUUGGGAUUCAAAAGCUGCUAACCCCAGUCAUCGGCGUUUUACGUGGGGCCUCAGAUCGCUUGAGCGGCACGUGGUUGAUUUCUACAUUUCUGAUUUCCAAUCUGGGUUGAGAGCUCUGGUCAAGACGGGCUAUGGUGCUAGGGUGACUCCUUAUGUUGAUGAAUCUGUUGUCAUUGAUAUUAAUCCAUCAAACAAAGAUAUGUCACCUGACUUUGUUCGGUGGAUAUCUGAGAGGAACCUCUCUAGUGAUGACCGUGUCAUGCGUUUGAAAGAAGGGUACAUCAAAGAAGGUAGUACCGUGAGUGUGAUGGGGGUUGUACAAAGAAAUGAUAAUGUGCUAAUGAUUGUUCCUCCUCCUGAGCCAUUGCCAACAGGGUGCCAGUGGUCUAAGUGCAUACUCCCUGCCAACCUAGAAGGUAUUGUUUUGAGAUGUGAAGACACCUCAAAGAUCGACGUUAUUCCUGUGUGAAAGGGUAUUAUUAUAUAGGAAUCUCACAAUCAUGAAGGUUCUGCUAUUUUGGAAUAUUUGGUGAUUUGUUUAGUGGUGGUGGUUGUGAUGUUCGUAUUUUUUUUUUUCUUUUUUGUUAAUCUCGUGUGUAUAGCUUUUAUAUGAUUCCUUUUCAUGUUAUGGUUAGGGUUUUUAGAUAUCUUUUGUAAUUGGGAAAUGGCAUGGGUGUUAUAAUGCAAAGAAAAACCGUAUUAUGCCCGUUGAAGAGAUUAAGAAAUUUGGGUGAUAUGUUUAGAUACGUUUUUAAAUUUGAACAUAAUUUUGAGUAAUAUUGUUCUCUAUUUCACUGAGUUAAUAUACUUUAUUGCUGUAUAUGCCUGGUUCACCAAUUUUGUUGGUGAUUUGAGUAAGAAACAAAGCUGAUCUUUGUUAGUGUA